AACCAAUCCCUGUAGAUGCAGGCCAGCAAAAAUACUAUGAUUGUUCAUAGAGGGAAGCUUUCCGUAACAGUGCAACCCUUAUUAUAUGAGUAGGAAGAGAUCAAAAAUGUCUACCAGUGGCACUCUCAGUAACUGCUAUGUGGACGCUAUAAUGGGGCAGGAGCCGGAGGAUGUGUACGGUGCUCGCUUUAUUCAGGCUCCACACAUGGUGACCCCGAGGCCGUCAGGUGCUGGGGACAACGCAGACUUCUCCUCUUGCAAUUUUGCACCAAAGUCCGCCGUUUUCUCGUCGUCUUGGUCGUCGGUUCAUCCGCAGGGGAUUUAUCAUCCGUACGUGCACCACCACCACCACCACCACCACCAGUCCCAUCUCCCCGCCUCGGACGGCAGAUAUGUAGGCGUCCGCUCCUGGAUGGACCCCAUCUCGAACCACGUUUCGUUUGCCGGAUUUCACUCCGGCGGUCGGCCGUACGGGACAAAGCCGGAGGUCCUGCCACCGAAAGCUGCAGAGUGCGACACGUUGGAGGCAGAGGCUCGGCCGCUCGCCGGUGAAUUCGCUUGUGGAGUAUCGGAGUGUCCAGAAAAGGCGACCAAAGAGCACAGUGGAAGUGAGCUUUCGAGCCACAGCGAGCCCAAAGAGGAGAAACAACAACUUGACCCAAACAAUCCUGCAGCAAACUGGAUUCACGCACGCUCAACGAGAAAGAAGAGGUGCCCUUACACGAAAUAUCAGACUUUGGAGCUGGAGAAGGAGUUCCUCUACAACAUGUAUUUGACAAGAGACCGGCGCUAUGAAGUGGCCCGCAUACUCAGUUUAACCGAGAGACAAGUGAAGAUCUGGUUCCAGAACAGGAGGAUGAAAAUGAAGAAGCUGAACAGAGAGAGGAGCGACAAGGAGCACAUAUGAAACCACCGCUGCUGCCAUUUAACACAUCUGAUGUUGAUACCAAGGAAGGCAUCUGAACAAUGGCAAUUAUUUUUGUAGGAUCCUCGGCAGCCAUUUCAUUUUUUUUAGACCCUCUAGCGUAAUAUUGCGUGUCAUAAGGUGUUGGCCGAGUAAGCAUAAGAAUCCCAUGUGCGGGGAUUUGUCUUGAGAUACAGACAUGGAUACGGUUGAUAUCUCGCUAUUUCGAGGCAUCUGAAGUUCUCCUUUUUCUAGUUUUACACAAACACACACUGGGAUGUUCAGGCAGAAUUGUUCAGCAUCCAACACACACACACGCACACACACACACACACCUCUACAGUAUAGGAAGACGUGCCUAUAUGUGUUAUUGCUUUUCUAGCUGUUAAGAAUGUGGAGUUGUAUAUAAAACAUUUUCACAGCUUAAACUAC